AUGAUCAACCAAAUCAAUAAGAAGCGGCAGACGACUUCCUUGAAAAUAUCACGUGUUUUUGGUCGAGAGACUGAUAAAGGCAAUAUCGUUGAACUGUUGAUGAAGACCGAUGAACCCAAGGAAGAAAAUUUUGGAGUACUAACCAUAGUCGGUAUGGGUGGGCUAGGUAAAACUACCCUUGCUCAACUUGUAUACAACGAUGAGAAGGUAAAGGUGCAUUUCGACCUAAAAGCAUGGUUUUGUAAGUCUGAAGAAUUUGAUGUUGCAAAGAUAACCAACGGUAUUAUUGAGUCUGUAUUGGGAAGACGUUCGCCUACCUUUCAAUUCAUGUAUGGGAAAAAAGGAAGUAAAAUUAUUGUGACAACAAGAAGCCAACGAGUUUCAAAAAUCGUGGGAAAUGCCCCUCCUUACUUUCUAGGUGGUUUGGCAGAUGAAGAUUGCUUGUCUUUAUUAUGGCAGAGUGCAUGUGUAGACGACAACCAUUUGAAUGUACAUCCAGAGCUAGAAGCAAUUGGUAUGGGAAUCGUGGAAAAAUGUAAAGGUCUGCCUCUUGCAGUAAAGUCACUUGGAGGCCUCUUACACUCUAAAUAUGAGAUAGAAGAGUGGAUGAAUGUGUUGGACAGUGAAAUAUGGGAAUUACAAGAAGAUGAAAGUGCGUUAUGUGAUGUCCUUGAAAGCCUUGUCAAUAUUCGACUUGUUAGGAUGAAUACCUAUCCGUGUAAUUUCAGACAUCCACGGGGAUAUCUCAAGUUAUAUGGUAAGUGCAUCAAGGCACAAUGCAUUUCCUUAUCAGGGUUAGAGGUUGUGAACAUGGCAGAUAUCAAAGAAGUUAAUUUCAAGAAGAAUCAAUUUAUCGAGGAGUUGACGUUUGAAUGGGAUGGCGGGAUAGAAAGAGCUGUGUCCGAGGAAGAAGUAAUAGAGUAUUUACAACCUCAUAGCAACUUAAGGAAGCUCAACAUCUGCAAUUAUUCGGGUACAAGAUAUCCUAAUUGGAUGCUAACUAUGCCCAAUCUGGUUGCAGUGCAUAUUAAAAGUUGUAAUGUCCUCUCUACAGCUGGUCUAGGACAGUUAGUAGUUACCUUUCCUCAAGAUUAUGAAAAUAAGUGA